GGGAGUGGUUAAAAAAAGAAGAAGAAGAAGAAGGAGGAGGAGAAGAAGAAGAAGAAGAAGUUGCCAGCAUGGCGUUUACUCUCUACUCUCUCAUUCAGACCGCUAUUUUGUGCACUAAUGCAAUUGCUGUGUUGCAUGAAGAGCGAUUUCUGAGCAAGGUGGGCUGGGCUGUGGACCAGGGAGUUGGAGGCUUUGGAGAUGAUCCAGGAAUCAAGGCCCAAAUCCUCACCCUCAUCCGCUCGGUCCGGACUGUCAUGAGAGUUCCUUUAAUAAUAGUGAAUUCCGCCUGCAUUGUCCUUCUGUUAUUAUUCGGUUAACCAUGACUGAACGGGCAGCCAGCGGACGUAGGAGCUUGUCAAGGGACAACGACAAACCACAGACACUAAACUUUCUGUUGGGAAAACAGAAGGCAACAGAAUAUAAGAAAAACACAACAGGCACCAAAGUCAUCUUCUGUACUGAUGAUAUAUUAUGGGAAUAACUACACAAACUUGUGACCUUUGGUUAUGUUUAUAAUUUUGUAUCGUAUUGUUAUGAAAUGCAUCUGUUCCACUUCGGCAUAACAGACUUGGACCAGGUUUGGUCCCAACACAAAUUCAGCAGUGCUGAUUUGUGUUGGUGCUUGUAAAUAGUGUUUUCAGAAGUGAUGCUGGUGGCUGUUAGAAUAUUUGUUUGCUUUAAACCUUUGACUUUCAGCUGUAAACUUGUUAAAUAGACAGUUUCUGUAAUGGAUUAAGUUUACAUGCAACAGCAUUAUUAUAAACAGCACACAUCCUGAAAUCUUGACUUUUUUAGAUGGUAAAUUAUAUGUACAACCUGUUUAAUGUUUUAAAAGCCAAACAUGACCAUAAAAAUUCAAAUAGUUUCUAUUACUUAACAUGACUCAGAACAGUAUCUUUGUACUGUCUGCAUAUUGCAAAGGUUUAUUAACUUUAAAUAAAAUGCUGACCUCA